UCCCCUUCUGAAAUUGCCUUCCUCCCCUCUCCCACCCCCCAAAAAAAAUUCACUUAUCCUUCAAUGCCAUAAUUUUUUGCAUGCUCUUCACCGCUAGUUCUUUGCUCCUUUCACACAUAUGAGAAAAGGAACAACACCGCCAACUACAACAGCGGCAGCAACGACAAGGACUAGCAGUAGUUCAUCAAGGAAGAGUACAUGUGAUGGAGAAUCAGGAUCUUUCCCCACCCCACGUGGAUGCGUCUCGACCUUCCCUCGGGUUCCCUCUUGGCACAGCUCUCCUCUUAAUCAUCAUAUUCAGCUUGAGUGGCAUCUUCUCCUGCUGCUACCACUGGGACAAGCUCAGAUCACUCCGCCGCUCUAUCUCCGAUGGCACGGGUCCGGAUGCGGACAUCGAAGCAUCGCCCUCCAAAUCUAAGCCUGAGUACAUGGAUUUAAAGGAAAACCAAAGCCAAAGCUUGCCUGUGUUAAUGCCAGGAGAUCAGAUCCCCAAGUUCAUAGCAUUGCCAUGUCCAUGUGAACCUCCACGGCCAGACAAGGUUGAAGUAAAAGUGCAAAAGCCGCCCAAGCCGCCACGUUUUCCAGUACCUUUGUAUUAGCAAAUUGACAAUUUGUUGUAUAUAUUGGAUCAUUAGAUUAUUUUUUCUUUUUCAACUUGCGUUUUUUGGGGAAAAAACCAAAAAAAAAGGGGUGGGUGGGAUAUUUACCAUCUCUGGAAUCCAGGUAGAGCAGGUCAAUUUGUAUAGUGUUCGCUGUUACAGUUUCUUGCAUGCCAAGUGUAUUAGGGUUAGUGAAUUUAUUAUGCCAUUAUUCCGAGAUGGAAGAAGAUUCCAAUCGUUUCAGUUGGAAAAUGAAAUGGUUUAAUGAAGUUCUUAUCCAUUACCCAAAACUUCAAAAAGAAAAAAAAGGAAAAAGAAAAUAUCCGUAUAUCCAGUUUGAGAUGUCACUGCUCAGUUUAUAGAUUGUACUUGAUUGUCAUAAUUGUUCCA